UUGAACAAGGUCACUACCGACUUGCAAGGCAAACGCCUUCUUCUUCAUCUUUAUCCUCCACCUUACGACCUUGGCUGGACCAUAUCCCGUUCUUCUUACUUUAUUUCGCAUCGGGAGUCGACCAGCACGAUUACGUUCGACCAGGCGGCGCGGGAUAUUCAAGAACGGUCACCGAGUCUUUGUCUAUAUCGUUACGAACGGCGAGGAUUAUGACUAGUACAAGUACCACUACACGUGGCUCUAUCCAGCUAGAGGGUGUUAUCGGAGGAGAUGGAAGAGCUUUGAUUGUUCCAGAGAUCAAUGUGGCCAUAACGAAUGCGGGCAAUAACCGAGAGGAAGUUGCACCAUGGCUUGAGCCACCCUCAUCUCCCUCGUCACCUUUACACGCACCGACAAGCAAGCUCUUUGGUUUUUCCCAGAAAAUGUCCUUCAACUCCCUUCGUCAGAACAGUUAUCCCAACUCGAAUAAUACGCAUAAUCAUCAUCAUCAUCAUAGUCGACCAUCAGAAUCCCAUACUACCAGUAGCAAGAGCUCUGACUUUGACUCCCAAAUCAUCCACGCAAUUCCCGACUUCCUCGCUUCUAGUCCUCCCCACCAUUCCUCUCUUUCUCCUACUCAGUUUCAACAGCCUUCACGGGAGCUACGAAAGGCCAGGUCUACCACAUUUCCCGACAUGUUCAAGAAUUUACUGCCCUCCAGUAAGAAGCCACCGAAGACUUCGCGUUCGAGAGCGACUUCCAAUGCUGAUGAGGACCAACAUCCAUCGCUACGGCCUGCCACUCCUCCGCUUCCGGAUCAUUCCUUAACUGUAACGAGGCAUGGUAGAGCCAGGGGUUUUGGGUCAGGAAUGAGAACAGAGCCCUCCUCACCCCAGUAUGCGUCGUUCUCUCAUCACCAUACGCAAACGCGAGAUCCGAGUAUUGGAAGGGACAGUAGAAGGAAGUUUGGACGGAAGUCUAAACGCGAUGACGAACGAGGGACAGCCGGCGGUUCAUCAUCCAUACCGCCUGUGCCAUACCCAAAGCAGCACGAGACGGAAAUCACUCUCGAUACCAAUCUAGAGGAGAUGGAAGGGAUUGUGGACCAGACCAUCCUGAACCCGAGUCUUCCAGAUUCUAAUGUCUCCAACAACGAUGGCGCUUCUUCGCAUACAGGGACGAGGUCACUAUCAGACCGGAGUAUCAGCAUCACCAGCUCUUACCAGUCCCAUCUUACGCCAGUUCAUUUCUCCGAUUUUAGAGAUCCGUUUACUUCUCCGUCCACCUAUACCCUGAAUGGAGUUACCCGCUCACCCCCACCACGAAAGUCGUCACUGAGUCUCAGGUAUGGGAGAUCCCAUCCAGACACAAGCAUCUCACCUACGACGAUCAUCAACGAUGGAAUGUCUUCGAUUUCGCAGGCGAACGGGAGUAUUCGAUCCUUACCUAUCGGUGCCAAUGGAACUGCUACUUCCUUUUCUUACCUUCACCGGGGCCAGGGUCAACCAGACUCAAUCCUCAAAGGGAAGGGGAAAGCAAGAGAGGGGCAAGGAGAUGGGAAUAGUAAGGAAUGGGAGAUACCCGAAUCCUGGGAUGUUGUACCAGCGGAUAGGGAUGCUCACCGAACUCGUGAAGAAGAGGGAUACUCGUCUUCAGAAGAUAGUUUAGGAGGAACGAGUUAUGGCGGUCCGCUACAAUUCAGCAGCCCACACGAUCAGGACAGAGACUCGUUAACUACACCUGAAGGAGACGCACUUUCCGAGAAAGGGACCGUCGAUGAAUUUAGCGUUAAUGGUCGAUACAACGGUGGAUCAUCCAUCUCCUCAUACCCAUAUAACGGCAGUAUGGUGUCGGUUGAUACCGUGUACACCGUUCAAAGUGGCAGUACGGGGAGCAAGAGAACUAAGAUGAGGAUUUUCUCGAGCACAGAUAAAAAAAAGCCCGGUGGAAAAUACAGUGUUACAUCGUCUACUUCUGGUGACCCGCGAUACACUCAAAAAAAUUCCCCCAAUUCUCAACAACAGUUACAACCACAACCGCCGCCGCCGCCUCAUUCACUCUACCCCCAUCAUUACUCAGACCGGCAUAGACGACCUUCAACAGGUGCACCAAAGCGGUACACUAUUCGAAUAUAUCGGGCAAAUGGGACUUACCAUGUUCUGUUCGCUAACUUUGGUGCGAGAGCGGAGGAUCUAAUACCGAAGCUGAAUAGCAAACUACUUCCUGCGGAGAAGGAAAAGGUGGAUACGUUUCAGCUGUAUUUACAGGAUCGUGGUAGAGAACGAGCUAUCGCUCCUGUAGAGCGGCCAGCAGACCUUGUGAGACGUCGGUUAGAACAAGCUGGCUAUGAUGUUUCGGAUGGGCUGGAGUUGGGUGGGGAAGGGUUGAGCUUUCUGUUGAAGUUCAUUUAUAAAAGUCGAUUGUUGAACACGACGCAGAACCUGACAAUCGACGACUUUGAAGUAGUCGAUCUAUCCAAGCGUCAUCUCCGCACCAUCCCCCCAAUCCUUCACCAACAUGCCACAGAGAUUAUCACGUUGAACCUUUCGCGAAAUAACAAUCUCGAUAUUCCCACCGACUUCAUCCAAGCCUGUGAUCACCUCACUGAGCUUCGCCUUUCCGAGAUGGCGUACAAACGGCUACCGCAUUCAUUGAAACAUUGCGUAACGCUCAGCCGUUUGGAUGUCAGUGGCAAUCGUAUAAGUGAUUUGGAUCAGCCUUUUCUGGAGGCAUUACCAGAGUUGAGCACGCUGUAUGUGCAGAACAAUCGGCUGGAGAAGCUGCCAUGGCAUUUCCCGAAAUUGAGGGCACUGACGAACCUGAACAUAUCGAACAAUAAGUUCAAGGUUCUUCCUCACGUUGUCUGUGACCUCAAGAAUCUUCGGGACCUUGAUAUCUCUUUUAACAUGAUCGAAGAGCUUCCCGAAGAGAUCGGAAGGCUGCAGAAAUUGGAGCAUCUCAUCGUCACUGGUAACCGACUCGUGACAAUGCCCAACGAAUGUGCGAUGCUAAUCAGCUUGAGAAGACUGGAUUGUAGGAGGAACGCGAUUUCGGAUCUGAGUGUCAUCCAGAUGUUACCGAAACUGGAGAAGCUCAGUGCAGACUGGAACGCGCUGCACAAGCUGACUUUGAGCGUUAGUCCUUCUGUUACCACAAUCGACGCGACGUACAACGAGGUCACCCACCUUGAGCUGGCUCCAGGACCUGUCGGCCGCACUCCUUAUUCCCUCACAUCCCUGGACAUUUCUCAUGCGCGUCUGUCUUGUCUAGACGACGACGUCAUCGAACAACUCUUCUCCCUGAAAACUCUCAAGCUGGAUUCCAACCAAUUCAAGAGCCUGCCCGAGGCUUUGGGAUCGCUUACCCAGCUGGAAACACUCUCGAUUGCGGACAACCAUCUGGCUCAGUUACCAGAGAGUAUCGGCAAGUUGGGAAGAUUAACGUCGUUGGACGUCCACAACAACAAUCUGAGGGAGUUGCCUGAAGGCCUUUGGAAUUGCGGAAAGCUGAAGAAAAUCAAUGCGACCAGUAAUCUAUUGGCGCUUUGGCAGUUUCAGCCUAACGCUUUUGGCUCAGCGGACUUGGAACGUAUUCCGGAACGCAAGACGUCUACGGCGUCGCUUGGCACUGCGUCUGUUCCCGCUCCUGUCCUCCCUCCUCUUGCCCAUUGCCUGGAGAAGCUGUAUCUUGGCGAAAAUCAGUUCGCGGACGAUCUUCUCAUGCCGUUUACGAUCCUCGAGGAGCUCCGUGUUCUGAAUCUCUCCUUCAACGAUAUUCAGGAGCUUCCUUCGAAUUUCCUUCGGAACUUUUCCAAGCUCGAGGAAUUGUUUCUCAGUGGAAAUAAGCUCACGAGCAUCCCCACGGAGGACCUACCGAGGUUGUCGAGGUUGAGCACCUUGUUUUUAAACGGCAACAAGCUGCAGACGCUCCCACAAGAGUUAGGGAAGGUGAAAAGCCUGACGGUACUUGAUGUUGGGAGCAAUCUGUUGAAAUAUAACAUUAACAAUUGGGAGUUUGAUUGGAACUGGAACUUCAACAAGAACCUCAAGUACCUCAACCUCUCCGGGAAUAAAAGGCUGCAGAUUAAAUCCGACACGAAGCUAUCCGGAAACAAUCGCCACAGUCGUGCUGCCACUUCCUCUCAACAACAACCACAGUCCUUGGCUGGUUUUACCGACCUCACACAGCUCCGGGUACUUGGACUAAUGGACGUUACCAUCACCUCUACUGCAAUUGGUGUUGACCUUCCCGAUGAGAAUGAGGAGCGCCGUGUACGAACGUCUGAUUCUACAGUCCUUGGUAUGGAGUAUGGCAUUGCAGAUACCCUAGGCAAAAAUGAGCAACUGAACAUGCUUGACCUUGCUAUGGUACUUCCAGGUCGGGAUGAAGAGGCUGUCUUUGCGAUGUUUGGGAGGUCUCAGCCACCAAAGGCGAUGGCCGGUAUUAGCGGGAAUCGUAUUGCCAAGUAUCUGAGAGACAAGUUUGUGGAGGUGUUCCUAACACAGCUUAAUGCGAUUCAACAAGGGAAGGGUAUUGGAGUGGUUGAUGCGAUGAGGAGAUCGUUCUUAAAGCUGAAUCAGAACCUUCAUGAUUCACUAUUCCAGGCGUCGCAGAGGAAGACUUCAUUAUCGAGUGGGACGAGCGCCAAUCAGUAUAACACGAUCGUCAAUCGAGGUGGAGCGUCGGGAAUUGUCCUGUACUUCACGAAGGGAAGGAAGAUGUACGUGGCAAAUACGGGGAAUGCCUUGGCUGUGGUGUCGAGAGGAGGCAAUGCUCAACCCGUUUCGAGGAAGCAUGAUCCAUAUGAUCAACAAGAGACGGCACGAAUCCGGAGUUGUGAAGGGUGGAUCUCACCUGAGGGCCUGGUGAAUAACGAGCUAGACAUAUCACGUUCAUUCGGGUUUUUCCACUUGAUGCCUAUCGUCAAUGCUCGCCCUGAUGUAAGGGAAUGGGAUCUCACGGACUCGGACGAGUUUGUUAUCGUUGGGAACCGGGGACUUUGGGAUUAUGUUUCCUACCAAACCGCAGUUGAUAUUGCACGACAGGAACGGGGAGAUCCUAUGAUUGCCGCACAAAAGCUACGGGACUUUGCCUUGAGCUACGGAGCAGAGGGAAGCACGAUGAUCAUGGUCAUAUCCGUGGCUGAUCCGUUGAACAAACCGAUACCCAGGGUGAUUAAAGAAAGUAAGAUUAUCGACAGGGAAAUCAGCCGUCUUGGAUCGGAAGUGCCUCCGCCUAGAGGCCAUGUCGCUCUCGUCUUCACGGACAUUCGUAACUCGACUCACCUGUGGGAAGUCAACCGUGGGAUGAACGCGGCUUGGCGUCUCCAUAACAGCCUUCUCCGUCGUCAUUUAAGGCUUUGUGGUGGUUAUGAGGUCAAAACCGAAGGAGAUGCAUUCAUGUGUGCGUUCCCGACAACACUGGCAGCGGUCUGGUGGGCGUUGGUCGUGCAAGUAGAACUCGUGAAUCAGUCGUGGCCGAUGGAAAUCCUUGAGUGCGAAGAUGGUAAACCUAUAUACGACGCUCAAAAUCGUCUCAUUGCACAAGGUCUCUCGGUGCGCAUGGGUAUCCACUGUGGUGCACCCAUUUGCGAGCAAGACCCUGUCAACCAUCGUAUGGACUACUUUGGACCAGUUGUCAAUCGGUCUGCACGUGUAGAAGGUCAAGCCGCUGGUGGACAAAUCAUGUGUAGCGCUGAGGUAAUGAAGGAGAUCAACGCUAAAAUUUUCGAAACCGGUCCCGAAACUGCCUAUUCCGAUCUGCAACCCCAAGAUGCCAUUGACGGUAUUCGAUACAUAGGAAUAACCCCCUUCUCCGUUGGUGAAGUCCAGCUCAAGGGCCUGGAACUCCCUGACGAUCUCACCGUCAUCUAUCCGACGGACCUUGAUGGCCGUCACUACAUGCAGGAAACCAUCUCCAAUCCUGACCCUGCCCGUGUUCAGUUCGAUGUUCAGCAAAUCCGUCAACUAGGUUUGGUUUGUUUACGCCUUGAAGCAUUGGCGAGUGCUCGCAUAUUCCGUGAAACCCCUGCAGAGCGUAAAAGCAGCGCCCAAACAGUCAAUGGGGAUGAUGAUGAGGAGGCUCCGUUAUAUCUUUACGGCAACCCCGAUUUCCUUCUUCCGCCACUUUCCGAAACAUCCUCAGAUAAAGACAUCAUGGCCGUGCUUGAUGCAGUUUCGGGAAGGAUCGAGAACGCUGCAUCUCGAAUUCGAGAACGAAAGGCGAUGCACAACUCCAAACAGUCGUUCAUGGCCGCACUAAAAGUAGAGAGUCAAUUUGAUGAACGGACGUUGCAGUCUCUUUUGAGUAUCCUGGAAGGUUUAUAGUUCAUCUUUCUUUCUUUCUUCUGUCCCUUCCAUGGUUGGUCUACGUUGCAUUCGUUCUGUUUUACCGUCGGAUCGUCACUUCUUCUACCUUGCAUUUCGUCAUCAUUCCCGGUAUACCUAUUUAUAUCACACCAAUUUGUAGUUUACGCAUGAACUUUGUUGUAUAUACCUCUGUACUUAUAUGCUUAGCAUAAUGGUCGAGUCAAGAGACAAUCCAAUGCAUGUCUAUUCAAGGCACAAGUCUAGUUUAUUACCAUCGAUAACGAACCCAUAGAAUUAGAAGCAUUGCAGAAAGAGAAGAGCAUGACAAAAGAGAAGAGAUCGUACAGGGUAGAGGAAAGAACGAGACCGCUUCAGCAG